GACGUCCUGAUGCAUUAUACCCGUAUCCGUGCGGAAGCCAAUUCGCGAUUAGUACGCCUAAACUACGUACGAAGACUUAGAAUCUACUCUUACUGGUGGUGGCUUGCAUCAUGACCCUUUGAUCCUUUUGACUGAUUGAAACUACUAAACCUCUUUCAUCUCUCUUACAGACAGGCAGCACUAUAUUCGACUCGGCGCGCGUGUACAGCAAGGAUUGUUUCACGACCAGCUCUUUUUGAUUCGCUCACUACAAGGGCGGUACACGAGUUUCUGAUAUAUCCAUCUCAUAAGUACACCUAGAAAUCAGUCUCACAUCUCUAUAUCCUCUCCUCUCCCUCCUCUCCCUCAGCAUCUCAACCUCUCUUCCCUUUCUUCCACAUGCGAAUCUUCCUCAGUCGCCUCUUCGCCAAAAGAGCAACCUACCAAUCAGCCGCAACAGCGUCUCGAAGGACCACCGCUACUCGCACAUUAUCCACCGGAUCCAUGUCUGCAAUCCUCUACGCUGCAACGGUAGCCACACCGUCCACCGCGAGCGAGCGGCCAUCAGAUGAAAUCACAAAAGCAAAAGCAUGGCACGCAAAGACCGGAGGAUUUGAAAAUCCCUGGGAAUCAUGGACUACACUUUCCGUCUGGCGCAUUGUCGGCGGUAUGCUUUCGAGACGGUUAAGUGGAAGAGCCAACCACCCGGACACAACACCACCGACUGUUCCAGUGACGAAACCCAGUUUUCUUGAUUCUCGUACUGGACAGACGAGUCUUCGCGCCACUUGGCUUGGUCAUGCGUGUUACUUGGUUGAAUUCCCUUCUGGAUUACGAGUUCUCUUCGAUCCGGUUUUCACAGAGCGAUGCUCGCCGUUUAGUUGGUUAGGGCCGAAGAGAUAUACUGAGAUGCCAUGUCAGAUCAAGGAUAUUCCCAAGAUUGACGCUGUGGUUAUCUCUCAUAACCACUACGAUCACUUGUCUCAUCCUACAAUCAUGGAGAUUUCUGAGCUUCACCCCGAAUGUCAUUUCUUCGUUCCGCUAGGAAAUAAGAAAUGGUUUACUGCGUGCGGAAUCAGUAAAUGUACCGAGUUGGAUUGGUGGGAUGAAGUCGAAUUCAACCUCAAGCCUGCUGAGGCAGCCGGUGCAGGCCAGGAAAAGACAACCGCUGCGUCAGAAAUCUCAGUCACAACCAGCAGCGCCGACGAAGCAAGUCCUUCAUCAUCACCAGCGGGAGCCAUGUCUGCCCGUAUCUCGUGUCUACCCUGCCAACAUACAUCCAGCCGGUCCAUUAACGAUCGAGCGGCUACGCUAUGGGCCAGCUGGUCGGUCGCUUCAGGCGGCAAAUCCGUCUGGUUUGGCGGCGAUACAGGAUAUCGUACGGUGCCUAAGUCGUCCGAGGGCGAAGAUGACUGGGCUGAGCAAUACUCGCAUCUCCCGCAUUGUCCGGCGUUUGCCGAUAUUGGUCGACUGCGUGGACCAUUCGAUCUCGGGCUGAUCCCUAUCGGCGCCUACAUGCCGCGCUGGAUCAUGUCGCCCAUGCAUGCCAACCCGCGCGACGCUGUGGAGAUUUUCCGUGACACAAAAUGCCAGAAGGCCUUGGGAAUGCAUUGGGGGACUUGGGUCUUGACUGAGGAAGAUGUGCUCGAACCACCGAGAUUAUUGAAGGCUGCUUUGAAACAUCACGAUAUUGAAGAGACUGGCGUCUUUGAUGUCGUUGAUAUUGGCGCGUCAAAGGAGUUCUGAGUUUACAGCUCUCGCAAACAAGUUUAAUAUCGCAUUUCUGCAGCUUUGAUUGUCAUGAACUUGUACAAAUUAUUCCCAUUUAGGUUAGCAAAAGAGGAUGUAGAUGUCGACAUUAAACUCUCA